AUGUCUUUAAGCCCACAUACUGAACUAAGCCAAGACGAAGUUCGGAAAUGUCAAUCUAUGCAAGUCGAAGAGUGGGAAGUUCUAGAGUCAAUAUAUCCGGAGUGUUGUAUUUCCAGAGAGCAUGACCAAGGGAAUAUCAAGUUGGAGAUUCCAGUUGAGCUUGGAGAUGAGCUUACCGUCAGCAUAAUGGAUGAUGGGAGUCUUCCAGCCCUGCCUUCGCUACCUACCAGCCUAAAAUCAGGACUCCCUUCCGAGGUGAUCGAGCGUCCCCACCAAAUCCAAGAGCAUUUGACUACGUUGCCGCCUUUGCUUUUGCAUCUCAUCCUUUCUCCAGGAUAUCCUAUCUAUGCGCCUCCCAAGAUUGUCUCUUUCCAGACCAACUAUAAUUGGUUACCCUUAAUGAAUCUUCUGCAGGAGAUGUUACUUGACAUGUGGAGCCCUGGCGAAGGCACCCUAUACACUUGGGCCGAGUUCAUCCGGAGUGGUGACUUCCUGCAGCCCCUGGGUCUCAAGGAUAACGAUCAAUUACGAAUCCCACACCCAGCACCUCACUUGUUGCGUCGUGUCUUAAAAUCAUAUGACGAGAACAUGAAAUUGUCCCAGUUCUCCCAGAGCUCGUUUACAUGCUCUAUAUGCUUCACUGUGCUCAAAGGUUCGCGAUGCCUCCAACUAGCUUGCUCUCACGUAUUCUGCCGGACAUGCUUGGAGGACUUCUGGGGACUCUGCAUUAAGGAAGGUGACGUUGGAAGAGUAGGGUGCCCUGACCCGGAGUGCGUGAAAGAGCACUCCGAAGCGAGUGAGGAAGAUGUGCGAAAAGUUGUUUCCGAAGAUCAACUCAAGCGAUGGAAGUGGCUUCGGCAGAAACAAACACUUGAGCGAGAUCCAUCCAUCAUUCAUUGCCCCAUGGAAUUCUGUCAGACACCCGUACCAAAGCCUGCGGAGAGCGAUGGAGACAGUGGAUGGGCACGGUUGCGGACAUGUCCGUCGUGUAGUUAUUCUUUCUGCGCAUUUUGCAAGCGUACAUGGCAUGGACCAUUAACUGACUGUCCUAUCUCAUUCGCGGAGACGUUCCUUAUAGAAUACAUGGAGCUGCCGGUUGAUUCUCCGAAGCGCGUCAACAUCGAACGUCGGUUCGGAAAGACUAACUUACGGAGGAUGGUUGCCAAGUACGAGGAAGAACAGAUGAACAAGAAAUGGCUAGAAGAUUCGACUAUGGCCUGUCCCGGCUGCCGUGUGUACGUCGAAAAAUCGCUGGGAUGUAACCAUAUGACAUGCUCAAAGUGUGGGCAGCACUUUUGCUACCGUUGCGGGGCAAAGCUGUUCGCGGGUGAUCCCUACAAACACUUCUCGACACCCGGCCUCAGCUGUUACUCGAAACUGUUUGAUUUUCAGAGCGCCGACGACAAUGAGUGGCAGCCUGUCGAGGGGUUUGAGUUUGUUUAG